AUGGUAGACUCAGGCCAACCCCCGGCUCCCUCUCAAAGCACAUCCUCCAGAAGCAGCUCUGAAAAGCUACCCAUACCCGACCAACCUCGAGACCUCGAAAAGACCUCGGAAUCUACACCUCCCACACUCACCGACCUCUACGGCCCAGCCCCCGACGGCGGCGCCCGCGCCUGGUCCGUCGCCCUCGGCGCAGCCUGCAUCUUCUUCUCUUGCCUCGGCAUCGUCAACUCUUUCGGUAUCUUUCUCCAAUACUAUGGAACCCACCAGCUAUCAUCGCAUACCCCCGAUCAAAUAUCCUGGAUCGGCUCUGUCACGGCAUGUAUGCAGUUUCUCUUUGGGGCUAUCUCGGGCCCACUCUUUGACCGUUAUGGGACAUGGGUCAUCCGUAUCGGAGCUAUCCUCUACGUCUUGGCCAUCAUGAUGACGAGUUUGUGUCAAGAAUACUAUCAGUUCAUGCUCGCUCAGGGGGUCUUGACGGGAUUAGCGUCGGCAAUGAUACAAGUCCCUGCUUUUGCGGUCGUGUCACAAUAUUUUGACAAGAAGAGGGCUGCAGCGUUGGGGUUGGUGGUUAGCGGGAGUAGCAUUGGAGGUAUUGUCUUCCCUAUUGCUUUGGGAAAGAUGUUGAAUGAUACCAGUCUGGGGUUCGGGUGGUCGGUUAGGGUGAUAGGGUUCAUUGUGGCGCCUAUGAUGGUGUUCUGUUGCUUUUCGCUGAGGGCGAGGUUGCCGCCGAGAGAGACGAAGUUCUUCCUAUGGUCAGCCUUUACAGAGCUGAGAUUUGUGGGGUUGGUCGCUGCCGGGUUCUUUGUAUUGCUGGGGAUGUUUACACCGUUGUUUUUUCUGCCCUCGUAUGCGGUGUCGAAGGGGAUGGACAAGAUCUUGGCGUCGUAUUUGCUGGCUAUCGUGAAUGGAGCAUCGACAUUUGGGAGGAUCCUACCAGGAAUUCUGGCCGACAAAUAUGGGAAACUGAAUAUCUACGGGUUUGGGUCAUUGUCGACGGGGAUUGUGGUCCUGUGCUUGACCAAGGCUACUGAUACGGCUGGGUUGGUGGUGUAUGCUGUGUUUAUUGGGUUGACAUCGGGCACGAUUGUGUCGGCGAACUCGGCUGCGUUUUCAACUUGCACGACUAAUCCGCAGAACUUGGGGACUUACAUUGGGAUGGGUUUGGCUGUUGGUUCUAUCGCCAUCUUGGUUGGGCCGCCGGUCAACGGGGUGCUGUUGGAUAAAUAUGGGGGAUAUUUGGAGGCUUCUCUGUUCAGUGGUAUCAUGUGUCUGGCUGGAGGGGUUGUGAUUUUGGCGACGAAGCUGACGACUCCUGAAGGGUUGUUUGGAAAUGUGUGA